GGUGUCAAAAUCUAUGCGUCCUGUAAAAAGACCUUUGUACAUAAAGUUGAAAAGCAGCUUCGUUACAUCAAGAACUUCUCUUUAAUUACUGCCACGGUCCUGUACAGGCCUAUCAAUCAUCUUUACAAGAUGAUUUUCACAUCCUUCAUUUCUGUCACAAGAUCUGAAAAAACCUCUGAUGAUCUAUUCAUAACAUUGACAAGUUUUGAACAGAUUCUUCAUCCUGCACUCAACCGACAUUUCUUGAUAGAUGUUUUUGGACAAAUUAUGGACAUGGGUGAAAUAAAGACAGUUCUGACAAGAAGAAAGUUCAAUUUCAUCUUCGUGAUGAGAAAUUUAUUCAAGUUGUUUAUGUGGAUCAUAGUGACAAACGAUUGGCCUGUUGUCUGUGGGGAAGAUUUGCUAAAUAGAUUCGUUCUGCUUGCGAUGAAGGUUAUUCAAUUCUUGUUUGCUAAAAUCAAUAUUUACAAAGGGGAAUUGCAGGUCACCAUUUCUUUUGAGUCUUCAAAAAUAUUGAUUAAUGCUCCCUUACCUGAAGUCACUGCAUUCAAGAAU